UAUUGGGUGUACCAGUGAAUAAGUCCGACAGAAGUCCCUGCCCGAAGGGAACUUGCAUUUUAAUAAAAUUUGAGAAGACAGUGGAACGGAAAUGGGGAUGGAAUCAGGAUUUUUUGGUGUGGGUUGGAGGAAGAGGAAGUUAAAGGGGAUCAAAGAGACAUGAAGGUGCGAGAGGGGCUUUCUGGGAGCAGGAGGGAAUCCGUCCCGUCCUCUGUGCAGGGCUGUUGAUGCGAUACGGUCGCAAGGAACAGGUUAAAGGUUAGAUUGUAAGAAAAGGAAAUAGAAGCCAUGUUUCGAAGACCUGUAAUGCAGGUCCUUCAUCAGUUUGUAAGACAUGAGUCUGAAAUAGCUGGCAGUUUGGUUCUCGAAAGAUCUCUGAAUCGUGUGCAGUUACUUGGUCGAGUAGGUCAGGACCCUGUCAUGAGACAGGUAGAAGGAAAAAACCCAGUCACAAUAUUUUCUCUAGCAACAAAUGAGAUGUGGCGAUCAGGGGAAAAUGAAACACACCAAAUGGGUGAUGUCAGUCAAAAGACAACAUGGCACAGAAUUUCAGUAUUCCGACCAGGCCUGAGAGAUGUGGCAUAUCAGUAUGUGAAAAAGGGGUCUCGAAUUUAUGUGGAAGGGAAAGUAGACUAUGGUGAAUAUAUGGAUAAAAAUAAUGUGAGACGACAAGCAACAACAAUUAUAGCUGAUAACAUUAUAUUUCUGAGUGACCAGACGAAGGAGAAGGCAUAGAGUGGACGAUUCUUCUUUGGCCAUUGUUUGUUAAGGAUUGCUAAGGGGCUAUAAGCAGAAGUUAUUUGAUGGUGUUUCCAGGGAAGUUCCUUCAGUGAACUAACUCUGUUGGGAGGCUCAUCCUGUGUGCUUCUCUAAACCCUCAUUUGGCUUUUUCUUGUCUGAAAUGUGGACAUUGUGGCUGAAUCUCCACUAGUGGUCUUGGAGCAUGAUACAAUCUUCAGGAUGGAAGACAGAAGAAGAUGGAAUCUGUGAUGACCAUGGAACCACCAUACCAGUCCUGGACAGUCUACUUCUGGACUUCUUUUGGAGACACAAAUAAAUCUCUACCUUGUUUAAGCUA